AUGGCGGGGAAGGCUGAGCAAUGGGUGCUGGAGUUUCUUCUGGACCGCGACUCGCUCAGCGAGACGGUGGUCCGGGAACUGUAUGAGCACCUGGGUAUGGGGGCGGAUGCCCUCUCAAAGACGAUCCAGGUCCGGUUGCUCCUGCGCGUGCUACGUGAGCACGCUGCCAGCAUCUCGGAUGGCACGCUCAAUGCGCUCAACUGCCUGGCCGCCAACAGCACUGACAACAAAGCGGACUACUCACCGUUCGCAGACCUGUCCAAGCUCGUGCCCAGCCUCGAUCUUUACCUCCAGGUCAAGACCGAGCUGGUGCUGCAAAGCUUGCGAGGAGGGUCUCUUGAUACCCUCCUCCACUCAGGAAACCCUAAGGAGAUGCUUGACCGCUACUUCCCACCUCCACCAGAGGGCCUCCAGAAUGCUCCAGAGGGACAGAGGCGGGACGAGCUGGCCAUUGGGCUGCAGUCAGCGGCAGGCACGCAAGUGCUGCUGGAGAAGUACCCUCCGGGGCAUGUGGAGGCGACCAUGCUCAAGUACGUGGCAGAGGGCCGUGCCGCAAUGGGCCAGCCAAUCCUCAAGGUGAUGGAGGCUCAGUAUGCUCAGGGGCUGCUGCACCCCACAAUCUCAUCGGCACAUCCACAAGGAGCCUUUGGGAACUUUUCUAUUGCCCCAAAGAAGCGCCAGAGGCACAGCGCUGCGAGCAACGCUGAUGUAGCGGCAGCCACUACCAUCGCCGACCUGCAGGCAGCCAGCAAGGGCCUGCAGAACAAGGGCGGCCCCGACCCCUUCCCAGCCGCCAUGCAGGCUGCGGGCGGCCAGGGAAGCUUUGCUGCGGCACUGAAUGCGGUGGACCACGGCGCGGGGCCGUCCAUGACUCCCGGUAUGCCUGACGGCAGCGGCCGCACCGUCGGCUGGGACAGCCCCGAUCCCAACCAGGUGACUCCCGGCGCAAACAUCGGGGGCAUGCUGGGGCCCAACGGGGAGCCCCUGACGGACGGCAGCAUGGGCAAGUCGCCCAAGAACCGCACAGGCGGAGGCAAGCGGCGGCGCAACGGGCGCUGGGCCGAGCACGAGACCAACACACUGAUCGAGCUGGUGCGGCAGUGGGGCAAGGGCAAGUGGAAGAAGAUCCUGGAGGAGGGCGCCGCCGCCUUCAACAACCGCUCCCAGGUGGACCUGAAGGACAAGUGGCGCAAUCUGGAGAGGCAGGGCGUGGUGCAGGCGUCCGACGGCGUGCUUCCCGGGUCCGCCGGCGUGCUGUCCCCGGAGCAGCAGCAGGCGCAGCAGCAACAGCAGCAGCAGCAGCCGAUGGUGGAUGCCGCGGCCCUCAUGGCCCCGGACGGCGGCGCAAUGAUGCAGGUGCAGGACCCGGCGGCGGCUGCAGCUGCGGCAGCCGCCGCGCAUGCGCAGGCCGUGGGGCAGCAGGAGCAGAUGAUGCACCACGUGGAGGGCGGCAUGCCUGCCCAGAUGUGAGAGCUGUGCCAGAGAACGCCUCUGCAUGCUGUGUCCAGUAGCAGAUGUGGCGCACUAGUUGGCGUGGGCAGGGUUGCAAGCCAGAAUAAGGUAAUGCUGAUGUGGGUGCCUGGGUGAGGUCUGACGAUUGUGCCUUUGUGGUGGGCUCAAGGAGCAAGAUAUAAGU